GACGGAAAAAUCUGAAGCCCAAGUCUUUGCGUGACCAUUCUUCGUUUCGUGAUCCCAACCAUCACCCAAGGCGAACUACCUCGGUGCAAUUUUCACAUUUUGUUUCUUCUUUUUUUCAAUUCGAUUUUUUUUCUUUUUGGUCUUUUCCCCCCUCUCUUCCGGGACCAUGACGGAAAAGAAAGUCGCCAUCGUCACCGGUGCCUCGUCGGGCAUCGGCGAAGGCCUGUCGCGCGAUCUGGUGGGCAAAGGAUGGCAUGUAGCCAUGGCCGACCUGAAGAAAAACGACGCCUUGAUAAAAGAGCUAGGAGACAGCGUCAGCUUCCACGAGACCGACGUGGCCGACUACGACAGCCAGGCCAAGACGUUCCAAGAGGUGUUCGGCAAGUACGGCAGGAUAGACGCGCUGCUGGCCAACGCGGGCAUCGUGGACAAGGAUUCGGUGUUCAUCUUCGACCACCGCGAUUCCGACACGGUCCCGCCGAAGCCCAACCUCAUCUGCACCGACGUCGAUUACAAGGGCGUCGUGUACGGGACGCAGCUCGCGAUCCAUUUCAUGCGGAAGAACAAGUAUGACGGGGCGAAGGCGGCCGUCUUCAAUUUUGUGCGCGCCGUGUCCCGGGUUCUCAAGAAUAAGGAGAAUAUCCGCAUCAACGUGGUGCUACCCGGCGUCGUAGCCACCAGCAUUAUCCCGCCAGAGAUGGUCGCCGCGGUGUCCCCCGAGUGUCUAACGCCAAUAUCGACGGUUGUGGCCGGGUAUAACAGGUUCCUCGAGGACGAAAGUCUGUACGGGCAGGCGCUCGAGGCCUCGGCAGACAAGUUGCUACUGGUCCCAUCGAUGGAGCAUCUCAACGGGCGGAUAACGAAGAGGGCUGUGACGGUGUGGGAUCCGUUGUUCAAGAUGCUGCACCAUGAAAACUCGGGACUGCCAGACGCCAUUCCCUGUGGAAAGGAAGGUGCUUUUGGGGGUGUUUGAGUUGAGCCUGGGUUGAGCCUCCAGUCUCCAGUGUUGCGAGCAAGUACUUCCGGAAUGGAGCUUUCGAUGAUGCACACGCUGGAAACAACGGCUUCACCACUACGUGUAGGACGGUCGGCAUGGAGUCCUGGAUGGAUCCUCAAGCAAUGCUGUUCCCUCAACUUCAUAAAA